UUUUAAAAAGAACAUUUUAGGGAGUACAAAGAUAGAGAAAGUAAAAUUGUAAAGCGAUUCGUCAAAUUAAAAGUGCUUAUAAUAUGUAAAAUCAUAAAUAAAAAAUGAACAACUUAUGGUUGAUAUCGGAUUAUAAGCACUUGAGUUAUAAGUGUUUGCCAACUAUAUAUUUAAGCUUUAAAAAUAUGCUUAUGAACUAGUUUGAACCACUUAGAAACUUAACCUACUUAAUAUAAAAGUAGCAUAUUGGGUACUAGAUAUAACCAAAGACUCUCAUUCUGUAAUAAUUGUGUGUUAGUUAAUUACAUGCACACACCUAAUUAUGUAUAUGAAAAAAAAAUGAAAUUUAUAAUCAAAAGUCUAAGACAUAUUGACAUUGCCUAACUAUAAAAGGGCAGAACUAUUCAUGUAAUGAUGAAGCACAUAUUUGUUAUUAUAACUUAGUUAUAUAUCAUAGAAAAAAUGAGUCUUGAAGGUAAGUUGGUUUCUGAGAUAAAUAUCAAAUGUGAUAGAGAUGUGUUCCAUGAAAUAAUUAUGUACAAACCACAUUAUAUAUGCAACAUAUGCCCUGAUAAGAUACAAAAUGUGGAUAUUCAUGAAGGUGAUUUGGGUACUAUUGGCUCUGUUAGGUUCUGGAAAUUCACACAUGAUGGGAAAGAGAUGGUGGCAAAGGAAGUUAUUGAAGAAAUAGAUGAAGAAAAGAAGUUGGUUAAAAAAAAGAUGAUUGAAGGAGAUAUGUUAGAGUAUUAUGAAUCAUUUUACCUCACUAUUCAUGUUGAGACAAAGGAUGAAAACAACUUAGUUACUUGGAUUUUGGAAUAUGAAAAGAAGAAUGUGCAUGUGCCUGAUCCACACACUUUCAUGGAAUUGUGUAUCAAUAUCACUAAAGAUAUUGAGAGUUACCACAUCAAGUGAUACAUAAAUACAUAUAUGUAUGUGGUGUGGUUAAUGAGUUUGCUUUGAAAUGUCUAAUAUAUAUGUAGAGAAAAUAAAGGGAGUGGAUAUUGAUAAUAAAUAAAAAUAUAUAAAAGCUCCUUCUAAUACAUAUAUGGUUGAUUUCGGAUUAUAAACACUUUUAGUAUU